GUUCACUUUACAAUCAGCGGUCGAGCAGGCAACAAACGUGAAGAAAGUGCACAUACUCCUAGUACCACAUACUCGUUUACCAUAUAUACAUAUGUACCAUCGUAUAUCAUCGAGUUCUGGACGCGGGCAUUAAAAACCAUUUGGUGAAACGUAACGAGAUUACAAAAGGAAUUCCAGUUCCAGAUUUCUAAAUUACUUUUGAUUCGCGAAAUAGAAAACGUGCACAGUCGAUUUUUGUCAUAACUUAACGCGCGAAAGUCACAUUUGCAUAACCAGAAGAAGCGCGUCCGAGGCGAUUAUAUAAUUGCAGUGUAUUUCGCUUGAGCAACAGCAUCACCAACUCCAGCUACUCACAAUGACGGGUUACAAGGUGGCCAAUGGCAAUGGACACAGCAAUGGAAACACCAAGGAAACAAAUGGCUCCAAUGGACACAGCAAUGGACACAAGUUGGCGGACUACACAGCCCAGGAGAAUCCCACAAUGUGCUCCCGCGACUGUUGCUCCGGACCAGGUGGCUCCCACCGCGGCAACACCUGCACGGACAAGAAGGGCGCCAAGUCCGGCAGUCUGGCUGGCGAGAAGAUCAUACCCACUCCACAGAGCCUGCUCGGAAAUGGGAAAAUCCAAUGCGAGCUUACGCACGAAGAGCUACGAGCCCUUCGGGUUCUCAACGAAGACACGUAUCCCUAUGAGGUCAUCGAGGAGAUCGCCGACUUCAUUACCAAGGGCUCCGGAAUGCGCCCCAGGAUCGGUAUCAUUUGCGGUUCUGGGCUCGGCUCCUUGGCCGACAUGAUCCAGGACCCGAAGAUCUUCGAGUACGAGAAGAUCCCCAACUUCCCGGUAUCCACAGUUGAGGGCCAUGCCGGACGACUGGUGGUCGGCACCCUCGAGGGCGCCACUGUGAUGGCGAUGCAGGGCAGGUUCCACUUCUACGAGGGCUAUCCACUGGCCAAGUGCUCGAUGCCGGUGCGCGUGAUGAAGCUGUGCGGCGUGGAGUACCUGUUCGCCACCAAUGCGGCCGGUGGCAUCAACCCACGGUUCCAGGUGGGCGACAUCAUGCUGAUGCAUGACCAUGUCAACAUGCUCGGCUUCGCCGGCAACUCUCCGCUCCAGGGACCCAAUGACCCGCGCUUCGGACCCCGCUUUCCCGCUUUGGUCAACUCGUACAACAAGGACUUGAUCAACAAGGCCAUCGAGAUCGCCAAGGCGAUGGGCAUCGAGUCGAACAUCCAUGUCGGCGUCUACUCCUGCCUGGGCGGUCCCAACUACGAGACCAUCGCCGAGCUGAAGGCUCUGCGCAUGAUGGGCGUGGAUGCGGUGGGCAUGUCCACCGUCCAUGAGGUCAUCACUGCCCGGCACUGCGACAUGAAGGUGUUCGCCUUCAGCCUCAUCACGAAUAAGUGCGCCACCGAGUACAGCGAUAAGAAGGACGAAGAGGCCAACCACGAUGAGGUUAUGGCUGUGGCCAAGAACAGGCAGAAGGCAUGCUGCGAACUGGUCUCCCGACUCAUCCGGGAAAUCCACAUGGCAUCCGCUUAGGUAGCGAAGCGAGGAAGUAGCGUUGGAUUCUAAAUUUAACCAUAGUUAAUUUCGCUAGGCUCGCAUCUAAGACCCACAUGACCCGGAUUGUCCCAAAUCUUACAGUAUAAGCUUAGGGAAUAGUUUAACUAAAUUAUGUAAAAUAAACUAGCAAUAUCACAA